GGACGUUACUUUAGUCAGAGUAUACGGUCGCAAAGCAAGUACAUCAAUCCCUUGUCAAAAAAAUUUGUAGGUUUCCAAUAUUUUGUUAUCUGAAAUCGUGGUACUUCGCAUCAUAUACCUGUAAAAGUGAUUGUAUGCCUCGCUGUACGGUAGCAGUUUAAUUUAGAACCUAACAUGAUUAAAUUAUUUUCAUUGAAACAAGCUAAAAAAGAUGGCGAAUCUCCCAAGGCUGGAACCCAGAAAAAGGCCUCUGCAGCGCAGUUAAGGAUUACGAAAGACAUUAAUGAGCUUAACCUGCCCAAAACAUGCGGCACAGAAUUUCCAGAUCCAGAUGACCUAUUGACUUUUAAACUAAUUAUUUGUCCAGAUGAGGGAUUCUACAGGGGCGGAAGAUUUGUAUUUAGUUUUAAAGUUGGGCCAAAUUACCCACAUGAACCACCCAAAGUAAAGUGCGAAACGCAAGUUUAUCACCCAAACAUAGACUUGGAAGGUAACGUCUGCUUGAAUAUUCUUAGAGAAGAUUGGAAACCUGUACUUACAAUAAACUCGAUUGUUUAUGGACUUCAGUACCUAUUUUUGGAGCCGAACCCUGAAGAUCCUUUGAACAAAGAUGCGGCUGAGGUUUUACAAAAUAAUCGAAGGGUUUUUGAACAAAACGUAGUAAAAGCAAUGCGGGGUGGAUACGUAGGGUCAUUCUAUUUUGAGCGGUGUCUCAAGUGAUACAGCGCCUCAAAACCAGCGCUGUAUACAAUCCUGCAAAGACUCACAAUUAGAGGGGAAAUACCGAGAGACUGGAGAAACGGAGGGCUACACGGUGCACUAACAGUUACCUGUAUCUCCGCUUUAUACAUAUUCACGUUCUUCACGUCUUGCCAAGCCUCCAAACAUUUAAUCCAUCAAGUAUUUUAUGCUUUUGGCUAAAUAAAACUUACUAAAAUUAUUACAUUGCAUAGUUCACUAAAUAUAGAAGAAACCAAAAAUUUCCUUUAUAGUGGUUUUAUCUUUCAUUGAGGAAGAAACAAACAACUUCAGAACUUUUGAGCGGGUAGAUGCAAUAUGGUGUAAACUACCGAUCUUAGACCGUGUAUUGUUCUUGAUACAUUGUGGAAAAAAAGCCCUCAAGAGGAACGCUGCCUAUUUUAACAAAUAUGAGACAAGAACAUAGAGCGUUGACUGUAAUUAAAAAAAAUUAGGUGCAAGAUCGUGCUAUAAGUACCCUCAAUAAUCACAGAAUCGGUGAAAGAUGAAUGAAAUAUCAAUGAAUGCAAAUGUGAAAUAUUUCAUAGACAGAAUUCGGUGUAAGAUUUUUCUCGACGUGUAGUAUUUUUGUUCUGUGUCGUAUUCAAUUUCCUUACCACCAACAUUCAUUUAUCAAUGUAAAAAAGGAUCGUUUCCAAUAAUCUCCAUCUAAAUCGCAAAUUAUUCUCCCACUUGAAUCUGUCCAAUAAUUUUUUUAAAUCAAAUUAUGCUGGAAAAAUAAUCCUCUGUUCUAUUUUCCAUAUCCAUUUUGUCUUUAUUUGGAACCUGGUCAUACUCAUGCAUCUUAAAAAAGUUAUUCGCCUGAUUGUGAGCUGUUUCAAAAUCUUACAGUAAUGUCCACUAUCGGGUUUGUUGGAGUUUGAAACAAUGUUAUUUCCAAACUGUACCUUUAAUAUCAUGUACUUGAAGACUAAGCAACACAUUUAGUUACACAGAGCUCCAUUUUAAAAAGCUGAUGUUGGCUGGUUGACUGUGAUGGGAGUAUAUUGAUAGAUAUUUAAAAAUUCAUUCGCUACUUGAAAUAAUGUAACGUGUUAUGGAGCAAAGGCUAGCUGAGCUACUGAAGGAUAUUUAUCCAUUUCUAUGUACCCCUCGUGAAUUUAUUACGCUAAGGGAAUUCUAUGAUGAAUUUAAUAGAGUGGUUUGGUAACUACACGCGUUAAUUGAGUUGCGUUUGUUUGAAGAAAAAAAUUAAUAGUAAGUAAAAAUAAAAAAUGAAUUGACGAUUAUACAUCUUCCGAAUCUAGGUAGAAAUGUGCGCUAAUCAUGUUCCCGCACUUUGAGAAACACAAAAGUUUAGCCGUUUUUUCCUCCCUAGAUGCAGGUGAAAUUUUUUUUACUUAUCUACUAACAAAUUUAAUCUCUGCCUUCAUACAAAAGAUAUAUAUAACACAAAAAAGUUGACGAUGUAAACUAUUGUAUAAGUAAUAAAUUGGAUUAAACUAUGUUUGGAAAUGGUGAAAA